CCCACACCACACACCACACAUAUACGAGGCGCAGCGCAAGGCCUCCUACGUGCCUGGAUGAAUGUGGCUGGGGGUGUUCCGGUGUCUACUCUUAUUAAAUCAGGCAGCACGCACGAGGUGGGGAGUCAUAUUGUUUGCCAUGUCAUGUCGCUCACUCGUUCGCUUCACGGAUCGUCUUCGUUUGUUUGCUCGCCUCACGUUGCCUUCUUCUUUUCUAGGAUUGUGUUCUUUGACGACGACUACGAUUACGACGACUGAUGGAAUGAUUUGCUGAUUGAGUCUCUGGCUUCUUAUUGUGUGGAUACUUGGUGAAAAGAAGAAAGGAAGAUGAGUGCGAGUAUCAGGAUGAGUCGCUCGAAGAGCGAUCCUCCGCGGGUUGUGGUCGAGGAUACGGAUACAGAUCAGCCGCCGAUGGAUCCUCCAAAGCACGCGCAGACAACCAGCACCCCGACCUCAUCCACGUCCACGUCUACAUCGACCCACGUACCCGCACCCCCGAUCCGCGACCGUCGCAAACGCAAGCACAUUUCAAACAUCGAAUGGCACCUGCCAUGGACGAGAGACAGCUGGGACCACGGGCGCGUGCUGCUGAUCGACUACGUCGCACAAUCCCACACCACAUUGCACCGCCGCAAGAUCAUGUCCCAGGAGUUCUCCGACAUUCACGGCCUGCGCCGUUUCUACAACACCUCAGACCUCUCGUCGCAGGCGGCGCUGCGCGUCAUUCACGUGCAGAAUGCGCCAUGGGCGACGCACUAUCUAUUGCGCAAGUUCAACAUCGACGCCAAUGACGACUUGGUGGGGACGGCGUUUGGCCGGUGGGCACGCUACGAGCGCCCCCAAAUGCGCGGCGGGAAGCCCGUGCUGGGCGGGAAGACGUUUCGCGCGCAACGGGACCCGUGGCGGGGCAUUGGCCGAACGGCGUUUGGGUGCGAGUACUUGAGAUACUACGAUAAGGGAAGUGUGGGGCGCAGGGAAGAUGAGGCGUUGAAGAUUAUGGAGCUCAAUCGGUAUGAUGAGGAUGAUAUGCCGUGUUAUGGAUUCGAUGUCCAUGUUCAGCGGUUGAGUGUGUACGUGCAACUUAACGAUGGGACACCCGUUCUAGCAGUGGACCCGGAUAUUCCAAACCCCUAUGAUGAAGAUGCGUACUUGGAAUACCAGCGCCUGAAGAAACAAUACGGAAACGUCGAUGCAGACAAAAAGCAGAAUGCUUACAUUCCCAAGCUGCGCUCCCUCGAUAACGGCAACACAAUCAUUAUCUUCGAAACGUCACCAACCGGCUCUGUAAAGGACACGCUGAUCGGUGCGCGGCAAGAGCUCGAAUCGCGUUGGCGGCGACUGACAUUCUAUCUACCGCGUGAGAACAUGAACGACGACUCCACGCUCGCCACAGAAUGCAUGGACUUUAUCUUGCGCGACAUAUUCAAAGCAGUGGCCUUUUCCUGGGAAAAGUUCCUUUCCAUAUGCGAAACCCACGUCGGUAUCCUCGAGGACAAAAUCUACGAGAACCCAGCUGAUGAGUCGCGCGCCCCUGAGCUGUGGAAGAACAGUUCCCUGUGGCUCAAAGUCGAGCGCUUGCUCUACAUACACGUCGACAUUGUCAAGGAGAUGCGUGCUCAUCUGUAUGAGCUGGCCAAUGCGAAUCCCACGGAGGAUGAGAAGUGGCUGGGGAGUGUGCCGGGGGAGCUGGAGCGACUGCCUGGUGUGUGGGAGAGGGAUGUUGUGCUGCCGACGAGUGCGCUGUCAGACCUGAUGUACAAGAGUGUGGGGAUCAGGGAUGCGCGGCAUUCGCUGCAGCUGGGCCUGUCUAUGUGGAGACUGAGUUGGAUUACGUUCAUCUUCUUGCCAUUGACUUUCACAGUAGGUUUUUUCGGCAUGAACGUAUCCACAUUCGCCGACCCAAUGCCCCCUAUAAAGUACUGGUUCAUAUCCUCCGUCCCAAUCCUAUUCGUAGUCCUCAUCCUCUGGUAUGGCGUAAAGCACACACUGGCCUCGCAGCGCCAAAGUCCAAUGCGCCGCGGAGUCUACGAGGCGCUGUACAACGACCUAGCAACAUCGCACCCGUCGCUAUGGACACGGCGCGGCCCACAGUCCAAUAUCGUGCCGGUGGGCUGGUGGGGCAGCCUUAAGUGGCGCCUCAUCAAAUCGUGGUUCAACGCAGAUAGACUACUGCUCACGCCCGGGUAUGAUCCUGCAGUCGAGGAGUUUGGUGCCUUGAGCCGUGUGAAGCGCGCACUGGUCCGCAGAUGGCUGCCUGAACUCGCCGUCAUGCCUGCCCCUGCUGUGGUCCAGCAAAAUCAGCAACAACCUUCCCUGGAAUCGGUGAUGAAUACGGAUCUCGGCGCCGUGGGCAACCUGCUGGCUAUUGCUACGCCGGUUGCAAUUGCGGAGUUUGAGCCUUCCGCGGCGAAGAUAUUGCAGAAGCGCAUGCCUGUGGAACGAUUGAGGAGUUUAAGUCCGGCGCGAAGUGAGGGGAGUGGGAGUGGGAAGGCGAGGGCGAGUAGCGAUGCGGGGAUGGAGGGUGUGAUGGUCGAGGAGAAGGGGACGAGUGAGGAUGAGAAGAGUGGGGAUGAACGGCCACAGAGACUAGGUGUGCCGGGGCUUGCGAAUCGUGUUUGAUCUUCAUCGAUGAGAGAUGAGUUGUGCAAGUAUGUGAGUUAAAUGGGAUGAAGAGGUGCAGGUGCGUAGACUUGUUUUACAAAUAGCCAGACGGUAAGUCUGGGUUGAAACACAUCCUAAGCAAAGUCCUGACCUUGCUGUCCACUAUGCCAGACAUGCUUAAUAAUCAUGGAAGGAGAUGUGUA